AUGAAAGCAGCUGGUGAUGCUACUUGGUCUGCAAUGGCGGUAUUGACGAUGCUGGCGGCGGUGUUGACGGUUGCGCACGGCGUCCCACAAGGGCCUACCGACGGGGACCCUAACCUCAAUCCCACAGAUAACUUGUACGCGACGUGCACGACGGGCGACAAGAGAGGUAUGUGCCUCAGGGACUAUCAGUGCUUUCCAAACGGCACCAUUGCCGAAGGCGGGGACAUUGCCCAGGGUGAGAUCAGGGAUUCCUCCGCCCCGAUCACCGACUGCGGUGAAGAUUUUUGGUGCUGUACGUAUGCUUCAGACGCCAACCCGCCGGUAUCACCAACGCGUGCGAGCACACCAAGCCCCACAUCCAUAUCGAGCGCGGCGGGAAACGCGGCAUGUUCGAGGGUGUUCGACGAGGACUGCACGUGGUGCGUCGGCCUCUACAGGCCGGGGGGCGACGUGCAGCGGGAGCAGCGCACCGCCAGCGGCCUGUACUGCGGUGGGGCGCUGCUGGGCAGCCGCGUGGUGCUGACGGCCGCCACGUGCGCGCGCGCCGCGGGUCAAGAGGCGGUGAGGGCGCGCGUGCCCGGCUCGGCCGCGCCCGACAAGGAGUACGCGGUGGUCGACAGGAUCCUGCACCCCAAAUACUCCACAGGUACUCAUGCAAAUGACUUUGCACUUAUGGUGCUGAACGAGGACGUUCAAUGGUUAACGGACGGGAACAAUGGGGGGUGUGUGGAGCUCCGGAAACCGAUGGAGGGUGACUGCAUAGCCAUCGGGUUCUCCGCUUUAGAACAACUUGUUGCAUCACAGCUGUCGGUGCGUGACGGUAGCUGCAGAAGGAAGCGUGCGCGCGGCGGCGGCGAAGUGGCGUGCGGCAGAGCGCAGCCGGGCCAGUGCCAGGCGGCCACGGGCGCGCCCGUCCUUUGCCCCGUCACCGUCGACGGUCAGGGAGGAAUGGCACUGGCGGGCGUGGUUCGGCAACACUGCAUCGGCGAUAGCGUGCUAAUGGGCAAGGUCCAAGCGCACGCGGAUUGGCUCAGUAACGAGCUGCAUAAGCUGGGCUUAGAGCCCAUAUUUUAUAACCCAAGC